AAUAUAGCGAACUGGUCCUCUGCCCUUCAAUAAAGUCAAGCGCAGUCAAGAAAGCACCACGGUACGGUAGGGCCUGGUCCUCAAAUCCAUUAGGCAGAAGCAACCAGUAAGAAAAGUUUCUAACGAGUAGUUGGGUAGAAUGGCUGUGACGGCCGUUCUCGUCGCCAUUGCGUCAUUGAUCCUCUUCUUAAGAUUACCGGAUGCGAGCGGCACUCCCGAGGACUUGAGCAAUACUCUUGAAUGUCACAGGAGGCUUUACAAUUAUCGAGUGUCUCAGCCAGAUGAGCAAGGUCGUGAGUGCUGGGACUUUUUGAGCGUCUGGAGUUGCUGGGGUCGCUGCGACAGUAACGAGAUAUCCGAUUGGCGAUUUCCCUACAAACGUUCGCAUCAUCCGGUAUGCAUUCACGAUGGCCGACAACGUUCUGUCACGGUUCUUCGGAAUUGCGAGGAAGGUGUCAUGCCCGGUACAGAACGCUACGAAUACUUGGAGGCUGAAAGCUGUAAAUGUGCAGUUUGCAAAUCCUCGGAAACUUCCUGCGAAGGCUUACGUUACAGGGGUCAACGAUCUCUACCUGGCUUUGAAACUAACAAUAUACCAGAGGACACAAGAGGGGUGUCGGGCUUUGAUCGAUUGCGUGAACGUUUCUCUAUCUCGGAUGAAUCCUAUCCGCCCCGCUCCAAUUCGAUUUCCAUGGAUAAGUGGGACAUAAUAGAUACGUUUUAGAAACUAUCGUUCAAAACUUUCGACGAGUCUCAUCUCAAGUUUACGGAAGAGUUCAACGUCGUGUGGAUAAAGCGCUGUACUCGAUCGCUUUAAAACGUAUUUGCAAAUCGAUGCCCAUGUUCUUAUCACUUGUUACAUAAAAGAUAGAUGACAUAUAUAUAUAUAUAUAUAUACACACGCACAUAGGAAUUCAAAUAUUUCUUAUCCGUCAAUGGAACUUUUAUUAUUAUUGUUAUCCAUAAUCACGCGAAAGAUCAUAAGCCCCGGUACCUAAUCUUUAUCUCACGAUUUAUAGUAAAAUGGGACUAAAGUGCGGUAGAUUUAAUUAAUUAUAAAUUCGAAUAUGUAUACGUUGCGUUUAUACUGACUUUUUUCAAUAUUUUAUUUUAAGAAAAGGGACAACGGGGAGUCCCUACUAUUUAAUUAUAUAGAUCCUGGACGCUUUUUCUUCACCGAAUACCCAUGUACAUAGACGUAAUAUAGCAAAUUGCAA